AUGGCAUCAGGUGCAUUCGAAUCGCAGGGCGUUCGAAUUGCCGUAGAGGGCUGUGGCCAUGGCGCGCUCGACGCGAUAUAUGCUUCCGUCAAGCAGUCUGCCCAAGAGCGCGGCUGGGAUGGCGUUGACCUGCUCAUCAUUGGAGGUGACUUCCAGGCUGUGCGCAAUGCGGCCGACUUGACGGUCAUGUCGUGUCCCAUCAAGUAUCGCAAAAUUGGCGGCUUCCACGAUUACUACGCUGGGAGAAAGCAGGCUCCAUACCUGACCAUCUUUAUUGGCGGCAAUCAUGAAGCUGCUUCACACUCCUGGGAGCUCUACUAUGGCGGCUGGGUGGCUCCCAACAUUUACUAUCUCGGAGCUGCCAACGUUCUACGGCUGGGACCUAUCCGCAUCGCAGGCAUGUCUGGAAUAUGGAGGGGUAUGAACUACCGCAAGCCACAUCAUGAACGGCUUCCUUUUAACCACCUCGAUAUCAAGUCGUUCUACUCUGUUCGAGAGAUUGACGUCCGGAAGCUGCUGCUGAUGCAGACGCAAGUUGAUGUCGGCCUAAGUCACGAUUGGCCGCGCCAGGUAGAGACACACGGCGACCUCAAUGAACUGUUCAGACGAAAGCCCUUUCUGAGACGCGAAUCUAUGGAUGGAUCUCUUGGCAGUGUGGCUGCUGAGCAUGUCAUGGACCGUCUACGACCACCUUACUGGUUCUCAGCGCAUUUACAUGUCAAAUUUGCCGCUAUCAAAAAAUACGAUGAUGCAUCAAAUGCGACCGAGGUUACCCAACCUCAGGCAGAUAAAGCCACUGAUGCUGCACCGCCCGCCCAGGACAACCCAGAUGAGAUUGACUUGGACAUGGACGACGAGGAUGCUGAGAAUACUACCAAAGAAGCGGCUACAGGAGGUACAGAAAGCGAUGCUAAAGAAGAUGCUGAGGGUGCUGCCGGAGAAGUUCCCGACGACUUGAGAGCUCAGCUGCCCGCAUCAUUUGCUCGGCCUGCAGAAAAGGUGAAGCGCAUACCAGGCCAGCCAGUCCCUCCAGGUAUUGAAAACAAACAAGUCCGGUUUUUGUCAUUAGACAAGUGUCUGCCACAACGACACUUUCUUCAGCUAUGCGAGGUUCAGCCGUUCAAGAAAGAGCAGCUAUCGUUAUAUCCACCACAAAGCUCUGGCCCUAGAUAUCGACUUCAAUAUGAUGCCGAGUGGUUAGCAAUCACCCGUGCUUUCCACAAAUUCCAGGCCUUUGGCGAUCCUACGGCCCAAGUGUCUGCAGAUUUAGGUGAAGAGAAAUACAUUCCCCUGAUUGAAGCAGAAAAGGCGUGGGUUGAGGAGAACAUUGUCCAAAAGGGGAAGCUGGACGUGCCAGAGAACUUUGAGCAGACAGCGCCUCCGUAUGUUCCUGGCACGCCAGAGAUUGUUCACAAGCAGCCCGAUGAGUACACAAGCCCCCAGACCGCGGCCUUCUGCGAGCUCUUGGGCAUUGAAAACCUGUGGGAUGCUAGUGCCGAGGAGAGGCAGCAACGGCAGGCUCAGGGGCCGGUGAAUACACAACUCGAGGGGCGCGGUGACAGAGGAGGCUAUGACGGAAGGGGAAGGGGAAGGGGAAGGGGUAGAGGAGGCGGCAGAGGCGGCGGUAGGGGUCGAGGAGAUGGAAGAGGAGGCUUUUACGGUAGAGGAAGAGGAUAUUAA